AUGCAGUGUCACCAACCAUUCUGCAAACCGCGCUUCCACGCCACAUGCCAUACACGGCACUGCGCUGCUGUUGGGGCAGGGGGGUCAGGAGGGAAACAGCAGCUCCUCGACUACGCCAAGCUCGACGACCUCUUCCACCACGCAGGCUUCCCCCGCCGCGGCCCCAAGAAGCUGCAGCACGCGCUGGCGCACUCCACCCUCGUGCUCUGGUUCUCUGCCCCUCAGCCUUCUCCUGCUGAGCCUCUCGCCUUCUUUUCCUCGCCCACCACCGCCUCGCCCUCCCCGCCUGAGGCGGCGGUGGAGCCGGCGGCGUUUGCGUGCACGGCGGGGGAUGGCGUAUUCAACGAGGUGGUGUGGGACGUGGCGGUGAACCCGCGCCUGCAGGGCAGCGGGCUGGGCCCCGCGCCCUCAUGGAGCGCGUGGUGGGCGCGCUGCUGCGCCUAG